AAGCUUUAGGGGAUUGAUGUUAGGCUUGUUUAGCCAUGGCGGAGGAGGCUAGCGCUGCGGCGGCGAGCUCCCGGCUGUGGCGGCGAUGGCCUCCUCGCCUUCCCGCGAUUCUCUUCCUCGAGGGCCGUGCUCAGGGAUGCUUCACCGCGCUCCGGAUUUGCUGAUCGAUUGAUGCUUCCUGGAUUUUUAGCUCUUUCUUGGAUUUGUAGGAGAAUGCAGUGGCCGCAUUUGCGCUAGCUCCCAGCUCCUCUCGGAAAUCGCGCUGUGCGGGAAUCUUGAAAGGUGAGGGAUUUGUCAUGGAACGCCGGAGCUGGCUAUGGAAGAAGAAGUCGUCGGACAAGGUCGCGGCGGCGCCCGACGCAAGCGAUCCAUCGAACGACGAAAAUCAUUGUUCAAAGCUUGUGCAGCCCGAGCCCGUGGCGAUUUCCAUUCCCGAGGGAUUGCAGCUCGAUGAGGUGGUAAAAUUGCUGAGCGAGAGGCUGGCAGCUGCCCAGUGCGAAGUCUCGGAGAAAGAUGCCGUUGCAAAGCAACACAUGAAAGUGGCCGAGGAAGCUGUCACCGGAUGGGAGAAAUCAGAGUUGGAGGCCGCGACACUGAAGAAGCAGCUCGAAGAUGCCCUGCAAAAGAAGGUGGCAUUGGAGGACAGAGUCGCCCAUCUGGACAAUGCUCUCAAGGAGUGCGUCCGGCAACUCCGCCUCGUCCGGGAAGAGCAGGAAGAGAGGUUGCACGAGACAAUUGCCAGGAAAACGAGGGAAUGGGAGAGCUUGCGUUCGGGGCUUGAGGGCGAAUUGUUGGAGUUGAGGAGCCAAUUGUCACAAUCGGGAUCUCAUGCCAACGCCGUCUCGAAAUCCCUCCAAGAGCGGACAAUGACGAUCUUGGAGCUGAACGAUUGCAAAGUCGCGGCGGAGAUGGAUGCCCGUAGCACCCGUGCCAGGCUCGAGAGCGUCGAGAAGGAGUACACGGCUCUAAAGUAUGACCUCCAAGUACUCCAGAGGGAGCUGGAAAUUCGCAACGAGGAGAGAGAAUACAGCCAGAAGAUGAUGGAGGCUUCCAACCGGCAACAGAUCGAAAACGUGAAGAAGACGAGUAGGCUGGAAGCCGAAUGUCAAAGGCUGCGUAUGCUGCUGAAAAAGAAACUUCCUGGUCCGGGGGCCCUGGCACAAAUGCGUGUAGAGGCGGAUCCUGGCGAAAGCCGGAGAAAAGGCAUCGCAAAGCCCGGAAAGUAUUGCUCGGAGCCAGCGGACGAAAGCAGCUUGGACGAUAAAGAGAACGACAUGUCCUUGGACAGGUUGCGGGCCAUGGAAGAAGAGACGUCGUUGCUGAAAGAAAUUCUCGCCAAGAAGAACGAGGAGCUCCAGGAUUCGAGGCUACAGUGUGCUAAGACGGCCAGCAAGCUCUCGCAGUUGGAGGACCAAGUUCGUGUUCUCAAGCGGGCAAAGCCAGACGAGGAGGCAGCGGGGGGCACAGAUAAGUUAUUGGAGUCGACCAACUUUGACCUUAUGGAAGACUUUAUUGAGAUGGAGCGGCUGGCAGCCAACGACAAAGAAAACGUGAAACGGGACUCUGGCAGACUCGAAGCAGCACUCCGAGCGAAGGAAAAAGAGGUUCGUCAGGCAAACGAUGUCUGUGCGGAGUUACGGAACAAGCUGGCCGCGGUGGAGAAGAAGCUCAAGGGUUGCCACUGUCGAAGUGCAACGGAUGGCUCGCUUGGGAAAAUCCAGGAGACGGUGGACCUUAUGUUCGGGCUCAAGAGCUGCAAAGACAAGCUCUCGGACACCAUCGACGCGGAGUCCAAGGCCAGGCUAAGGUCCUCCGUUGGCAGAAUAAUUCAUCUGGUGGAAUCGAUGGCGCAAGAAACUUCAAUGCUUUCCUCGCCAGAACUGUCAUCGCAUGGCAGUGAUGGCGGCGUGAAACGGCUAGUCGCUGUCAGCAAGAACUUACUGCAAGGCGAGGUUCCGGUCUUGGACUUUAUUGCCGAGCUUUCGUGCGCACUCGACUUCGUCGUGGGAAUGAGCUUCAAUGCUGGGGGAAGGCUGGAGUCUCCAAGCUUGUCCGAGCAGAGCCGAAGGUCGGCGACCGACUACGUGCAGGAAAUCCAUCACCUGCGGUCCGAGCUCGCGGAGCUAGAGAUCAGUCUCAAGUCUUCGACAGACACGGUCAAGAGCCUGAAGAUUCAUCUUGCUACUGUAGAUGAAGAGCGAUGCCUUCUGCAAAAGCAGCUGGCGGCCACGCAGGACGAAAGAAAAAUACUUCAGAGCGAGGUUGGCGCCGUGACGGCUCUGAAAAACAAGCUGGAGUCGAGGGUGAACAUGGCAGAUACCGAGAUACGUCAGGUCCGCCAGGAGAGCGCUCGCUUGGCAGCGGAGCUGAAAGAGGAGCAGCGGAGGCACCAGGAGGUCGCUCUCAAGCUGCAAAUGCUCCAGCAAAUCCCAAGACACGAUGAAAGCAUCACAAUACAAAAGGAACAAGAGCUGAUCGCUGCCGGAGAGAAGCUAGCGGAAUGCCAGAGGACAAUUCACGCGCUGGGGAAGCAGCUGGAAUCGCUGGGCCUGCCACCGAGCUCCUCGCACACGACUCCGGCCAGGCACUUCUCCCGGGUGUCGGAGCUCCCGAGCGCCACCAUGGAGAGCUCGGACUACAUCCACAAGCAGGAGACGUACUGGAGCUCCGAGGGAACGCCUGGAUUCGCCGCGCGCCACCAGCCGGGGAUGAUCUCUUACUCGGCACCCCAGGCACCGGAGGAGAUCCCUCUAGAGGUGAGGACUCCCGCGAGAUACUACCGCAAGUGCAAGGCCGCCGCCGCCGCCGCCGCCACCAAGAGCUAUGGCAACCACGGGGAGCUGUCCAAAUCGGCGGAUAUGUGCUCGCAUUCUUCCGAGAAGCACGGCGGCGGCGUCCUGGGAUUGGGAAAAUUCUUCUCUCGCGCGAAAGCAAACCACUGAGAAGCUCGAUAGAUCAUCGAUCAAGCCAGUGCUUUCCAUGUAAUUUAUUCUUGCUUUUGUAACGACUCUCUCGCGCCGAAAUUUUAAAUCCUUAAAGUUUUUA